UUACUUUUUGCGGACUGUUUACGCUGCGAACUUCAGACAUGAACAGUGAAAAUUUCAGCUUAAGUGAGAAAGUCGUGUCGCCGUCCUACAUCAGACAGGGCUCAGAGGCGAGACGCAGCCAUGAGCAACUUAUCAGACAACUGCUUGACCAGGGUAAGUGUCCCGAGCAGGGCUGGAGUGAGAGCACCAUAGAACUUUUUCUCAGUGAACUGGCUUUGAUGGACAGCAAUAACUUCCUCUCAAACUGUGGAGUUGGGGAGAGAGAAGGCAGAGUCGCUUCCAGCCUUGUGGCCAGACGACAUUACAGGUUAAUCCAUGGCAUUGGUCGGUCAGGUGACAUUGCUGCUGUUCAACCAAAAGCUGCGGGAUCCAGUCUCCUCAACAAACUGACAAACUCUGUGGUUUUGGACAUUUUAAGACUUUCAGGAGUCCGCAGUGCGUCCAGUUGUUUUGUCGUUCCCAUGGCGACGGGGAUGAGUUUGACCUUGUGCUUUUUGACCCUUCGCCAUCGCAGACCCAAAGCUCGGUACAUAAUCUGGCCCCGCAUCGACCAGAAGUCCUGUUUUAAAUCCAUGAUCACUGCCGGGUACGAACCGGUCGUGGUGGAGAAUGUUCUAGAGGGAGAUGAGUUACGCACCGACCUGGAGGCUGUAGAGCGAAAGAUAGAGGAGCUGGGAGCCGAAAACGUCUUGUGUGUUCACUCAACAACGUCGUGCUUUGCCCCCCGCGUUCCUGACAGACUUGAAGAGCUCGCAACUUUGUGCUCCAAACACAAUAUCCCUCACGUCGUCAAUAACGCUUACGGAGUUCAGUCGUCUAAGUGCAUGCAUCUUAUUCAGCAGGGCUCACGAGUUGGAAGAAUAGACGCUUUUGUACAGAGCUUGGACAAGAACUUCAUGGUUCCAGUAGGUGGCGCCAUAAUUGCAGGGUUUGACGAGGCGUUUGUUCAGGAGAUAAGCAAAAUGUAUCCAGGUCGCGCCUCCGCCUCUCCUUCCCUGGAUGUCCUCAUUACCCUUCUCACUUUAGGGGCCAGCGGCUACAAGAAACUGCUCUCCGAACGGAAGGAGAUGUAUUCAGUUCUGGCCCAGGAGCUGAAAAGUCUGGCCUCUGCCCACGGAGAGCGGCUGCUGCACACCCCUCACAACCCCAUUUCAUUAGCGAUGUCUCUGAGCGGAGUCCAAGGAGAUGAUGACAAAGCAGUGACACAGCUCGGAUCCAUGUUGUUCACGCGCCAAGUGUCUGGAGCAAGGGUCGUACCUCUGAGAAAGGAGCAGACCAUUGGAGGACACACUUUCCGCGGCUUCAUGUCCCAUUCGGAGGCGUACCCCUGCCCCUACCUCAACGCAGCCUCCGCCGUGGGCAUCACCCGGGACGACGUAACGCUCUGCAUCAAGAGACUGGACAAGUGCCUCAAGAGCCUGAAGAAAGAGGCAGCUAAAAGUGGUCCUGCCGAAACAGAAAAACAGAACCAGGACGGCCGUGUGACAAAAGAGUAACACAGAUCUGCUCAAAAUGCACAGAUCAAGUUAAACAUUUUAGCAAGUGACAUAAAAUAAAAAGGAAAAGCAAGUUUAUUUGUAUCGCACAAUUUGUACACAAAGUUUUCCAAAGUGCUUUAUAGAAUAAGAAAGACAUUCAAAUCGCAAUGCAACAAAUCAAAACAUAAAUGAUCAUCAUAAAAGUAACAUUAAAAGAGAAAAGUGCAGAAUAAACCCAUUUCAGUCGUAUGCACAGAUAAACAGAACAGUUUAGAGCCUGGAUUUAAA